AGCGGGUCACGACGCUGCGGGGGCGGGGAUAACCCCUCACGUGGAGCAGAUGAAAGGGCCGCGGCGCGACGGCCCGGGGAGCGGAGCAGAGCCUGCGACCCACAAAGCCGCCGCUGCUGCCGCGAUGGUGCUGUGAGGCGACCGCCCGCGCUCGGUCCUCCGCCGGCCCGCGACUAUGCCCGGCCGCGCCCGCCCUCCGCGCCCUCCCGCCGCAGGACCAUGAGGCCACGCUCGGGCGGGCGCCCAGGGGCCCCGGGCCGCCGCCGCCGUCGCCUCCGCCGCGGCCCCCGCGGUCGUCGCCUGCCGCCGCCGCCUCCGCUGCCGCUGCUUCUCGGACUGCUGCUGGCGGCCGCGGGGCCCGGCGCAGCGCGGGCCAAGGAGACGGCGUUCGUGGAGGUGGUGCUGUUCGAGUCGAGCCCGAGCGGCGACUACACCACCCACACCACCGGCCUCACGGGCCGCUUCUCGCGGGCCGGGGCCAUGCUCAGCGCCGAGGGCGAGAUCGUGCAGAUGCACCCACUGGGCCUGUGUAAUAACAAUGAUGAAGAGGACUUGUAUGAAUAUGGCUGGGUAGGAGUGGUGAAGCUCGAACAGCCAGAAUUGGAUCCCAAACCAUGUCUCACUGUCUUGGGCAAGGCCAAGAGAGCAGUUCAGCGGGGAGCCACUGCAGUUAUCUUUGAUGUAUCUGAAAACCCAGAAGCCAUUGACCAGCUAAACCAAGGCUCAGAAGACCCUCUUAAGAGGCCAGUGGUAUAUGUGAAGGGUGCAGAUGCCAUCAAGCUGAUGAACAUUGUCAACAAGCAGAAAGUCGCUCGAGCAAGGAUCCAGCACCUCCCUCCUCGACAACCCACUGAGUACUUUGACAUGGGGAUUUUCCUGGCUUUCUUCGUCGUCGUCUCCCUGGUUUGCCUCAUUCUCCUUGUCAAAAUCAAGCUGAAGCAGCGUCGUAGUCAGAAUUCCAUGAACAGGUUGGCCGUGCAGGCUCUGGAGAAGAUGGAAACCAGAAAGUUCAACUCCAAAAGCAAGGGGCGCCGGGAAGGAAGCUGUGGGGCCCUGGAUACACUUAGCAGUGGCUCCACAUCUGACUGUGCUAUCUGUCUGGAGAAGUACAUUGAUGGAGAGGAACUUCGGGUCAUCCCCUGUACCCAUCGGUUCCACAGGAAGUGUGUGGAUCCAUGGCUGCUGCAGCACCACACUUGCCCCCACUGUCGGCACAACAUCAUAGAACAAAAGGGAAAUCCGGGUGCUGUUUGUGUUGAGACCAGCAACCUUACACGUGGUCGUCAGCCAAGAGUGACCCUGCCAGUACAUUACCCAGGCCGUGUGCAUAGGACCAACGCCAUCCCAGCCUACCCUACCAGGACAAGUAUGGACUCCCAUGGCAAUCCUGUCACACUGCUGACCAUGGACCGGCAUGGGGAGCAGAACCUCUAUUCUCCACAGACCCCUACCUAUAUCCGUGGCUACCCAUCCCUGCACCUGGACCACACUCUGGCCCCUCACCGCUGCAGCCUGGAACACCGGGCCUACUCACCAGCCCAUCCCUUCCGCAGGCCCAAGUUCAGUGGCCGCAGCUUCUCCAAGGCAGCUUGCUUCUCCCAGUAUGAGACCAUGUACCAACACUACUACUUCCAGGGUCUCAGCUAUCCAGAGCAGGAGGGCCAGCCUAUUCCCAGCCUUGCACCCAGGGGUCCAUCCCGUGCCUUCCCACCAAAUGGUGGCAGUAGCCUGCUCUUCCCCACUGUGGUGCACAUGGCCCCUCCCACCCACGUGGAGAGCGGCAGCUCUUCCAGCUUCAGCUGCUACCAUGGGCACCGUUCUGUGUGCAGUGGCUAUCUGGCAGACUGUCCUGGCAGUGAUAGCAGCAGUAACAGCUCUGGUCAGUGCCGCUGCUCUUCCAGUGACUCCGUGGUGGACUGCACAGAAGUCAGCAACCAAGGUGUAUAUGGGAGCUGUUCCACCUUCCGCAGCUCCCUCAGCAGUGACUAUGACCCCUUCAUCUACCGCAGCCGGGGGCCUGCUGUACAUCUUGAGGGCUCCCCACCACCAGAGGAGCUCCCAGCAGCACACAGUCAAGGUGCUGGGCGGGGUGAGCCUUGGCUAGGCCCUGCCUCUCCCUCAGGGGACCAGCUGUCCACCUGCAGCCUGGAGAUGAACUACAGCAGCAACUCCUCGCUGGAACCCAGAGGGCCCAACAGCUCUACCUCAGAAGUGGGGCUCGAGGUUUCUCCUGGGGCUGCCCUGGACCUCAGGAGGACCUGGAAAGGGGGUCCAGAGGGACCAUCAUGUGCUUGCUGCUUUGAUCCCCAGCCCUCUUCCCUGGGCCCUGGGACAGGAGCAGCUUCUGGUGGCAGCACCUUAUUCCUGGGUCCCCGGCUCCUUGAAGACUGCAACCCUACAAGUGGGGAGCCACAACCAGGGAGCUCCCAAGGCCUGUAUGGCCUUCACUCAGACCAUUUUCCCAGGACAGAUGGGGUAAAAUAUGAGGGCCUGCCCUGCUGCUUCUAUGAAGAGAAGCAGGUGGCCCACAGUGCUGGCAGGGGCAAUGGCUGCUACACUGAAGACUAUUCGGUGAGUGUGCAAUACACACUCACUGAGGAACCCCCACCCAGCUGCUAUGCAGGAGCCCGGGAUCUGAGCCAGCGUAUCCCCAUUAUUCCAGAGGAUGUAGAUUGUGACUUGGGCUUGCCUCAAGACUGUCAAGUGAUACAUAGCCACAGCCCCUGGGGUGGGAUGCUGGGCUUGGACGUCCCCAGACUCCACUGGAGUCUAGGGACAACUCGGGAAGAGGAAAAGGCUCCAUGCUACCAAGCUGAGGUGCCACUGCAGCCUGGCUGCUCUCCAGAGGAGGCGGAUGCUUCCAGGGCUAGCCUCUCCAGUGCUCCCCAGGACACUCAGGAGUCCCAUGCCCUGGCUGCUGAGGCUUCAGGACCAGGAUCUGGCCCAGGCAUCGGUACGGGAGCUUGAGCUCAGAAGGAACUCUUUUGUAAAAAUCGGAAACUGUACGGAGACUUCUAAGUCUGGCUUCCUUCAAAACUAAUAUAUAUAUUAGUACAUAAUAUAUAUAUUAGUAUAUUAAUAUAUAUAUAUAUUAGUUUUGACAAACACAAAAGUGGUAAUAAAGAGAGCCCUUCUCAACCCAAAAUGUGAGCCUCCUGUGGCAUCCCCUUCCCAUUAACAAACCAACAGACAAAAUCUCUUGAGUCCUUUGUCUCUUUUAAUAAUGUGUUAUUCUGUUUUGUAAUGUGUGUUUGGGGUUCUGAGGUGUGUGGGAUUGAGUUCUCUUUUUUUUUCUAAGAUGUUAUAUAUAAAUGUAAAAAGUUAUUUAAAUAUAUAUUUUAAAGAACCCUAACCACCAACUUUUGAUGAAAAAAGAUCACUGCUGCAUUAAAUGAACCACAUCAUGUGUCGAUACUGUUGUCUCCUUGGUGGGACCUCAGGCCUUUGAAAAGCUCAGGGUUACACCUGCCUUAUUGAAAAUGAACCAGAAACUUGAAGUAAAAAGCUAGUUGAUAGGGGUACAAACUCCGAGGAACAAUGCAAAGCUGCCUCUCCUUUUUCCCUUUUUUGAAGCAAAUCUGGACUUCAGGGCUUCUGGGAAGCUCUACCUCUCCUGCCCAAACCUUGUAGGCAACCAUGGAACUGCUAGGAACAGGAGGGAAAGGAGAGGUGUCAAACCAUUGUUGCCUAUGCCCCAGGUUGUUGGGGAGCAUUGUGCCCAUUGUCUUCUGUUCCUUUGGGUCAUCACCUUUGUCCCAGCAGAAUCCAAGACUGACCAGUCCUGUCACUAGGCCCUCUCCUGCAUUCUGACCACUGUGGCAAGGAAGAGAAACUCUCCCCUUUACUGUCCAGCUCUCAAGUUCUGUAAAAUUGUUCUGGACUUUGUGCCAUCAAUUGCAGAGGUGAUUUGAAUGGGGUGUGCAGGACAGACACCCAGGAGGAAUGUUGCUUUGUGGCCUUGGUGUCCUAUGGGACUGGAGAAACAAGUGCUCCUCUCACCCAGCAGCAGUACACCGCCCCUUGAAAAAAGGCAUGCUGGGACACACCUGUGCCCAUGGGUCUAGGGGCAGCCACACCCCCCCCAGCUACUGCCCCCUUUGGUUGCCUUUCUAGUCAACAUAUACUUGACCCAUGGGGGCGUGCACUAAACUUCAUUUGAAUCAAUUUUCCAACCCCAGAAAAAGGCCUCAGGGCUCUUUGGGCCUCUGCCUGGUAACUGCAGUGGCUCACCCCACCAGCAGAGGUCUGCUAGCCUGUCUGCCUGAUGCACUAUUUAUUAUGUACUGAUUCUCCACGAGACAGACUAUCAGAUAGUUCAGACCCAAAGGGUAGCCUUUUGUAUGUUUUUUCCCGGCCUCUUCUUUUUUAAGGGGAAGGGAGUUUUUUAAACCCAAACCAUUUUUUUUUUUGGUUGUUUUUGUCGUUCUUGUUGUUUUUAAGAUGUUUUGUUUUUAAAAGGGAGAGAAUUUAUUGAAAACUACUUCAGGGAUUGUAAUCCUUUUUGUCCAAUAUAGUCCUUUUUCUUAAAAAAAUGUUUUUCUUUUCCUUAGAGGAAACUAAUCGGGUUGGCCCUGUGUCAGUAGCUUUUCUGGUCACUUUUAUUCAUUCAUUUAGCCGAUAUCUUUUGCCAUCGGAAAGAGUUUGGCCUAGUGGAUCUGAAAGCUCAGUUACAGAAUGGGAACCUUGAAACCUGGGGAAACAGGGACUACCCUAUGUUACCAGAGAUAGAAAUGACCCCUCUUCCAGUCAGACUCCCAGGAAGUCAAUCCAGGGGCCAGACUACACAGUUUGAGACCAUCGGAAUGCUUUGUUCUUUAGAACCCCGUCUUUAGAUGAGGACAUUGACUUUUUUCUAGCCAGGAUCUGACAGAAAGAAGUCCCCACAUCAGGUGAUCCAGCCAUUCACCCUUUAGGAAGUGGCUUUCAUAAAAUCUGUUCUUCCGCCCAACUCUGGGGGUCUGUUGCUUGAAGGCUCCUCCUCCAGGCUGUGCUCAGUGCACCUGUUGGUGAGGGUGUGAGAAGGGCCUAAGCUGUUGACAUGUGAUCGGGGUUGCCUUUAUUUCUGGGGCCAGGAGUUGCAGCUGCUAAGAACAAGAGCUUGCAUUACUUUGCAGUGGGAAUGGGGCACAGCUUUUAACAUGAACUGCAAAGCUGCAGCUUCUUACUGUCGAAAUGUUUGUUUUUUCAGGUUGUACUUUUUUUUUUCCAUUUUUAGUGUCUGCAUGUGCAUAUCUCUCCCUUGGCUGAAACAAACCCCAGAAAGACUUGUCUUUGCCCUGGCUAGAAAACCACUUCUCAAUAGUCUUAAGACAGAAAAGAAUAGAGAAUUUGAAUGCCACUGGAAGAAGUCAGAUGAACAGGUCCAGCUAUCCUCUGAAAGAGUGGCAGUGGUGGGGGACAAGCACUUGUAGUUGUUGUAGUUUGGGGGUAGUAGAAACAAAAGGAAGAUUUAGAAGUAAUCACCAUCUUUGUGUUCCCUCAUCAGACCAGAACAAAAUCACCUGUCAACUGUCUCAUGUCACCAUUUCAAUAAAAAGAAAUUGUGUCUUUGAAGUUCCAAGUACCCUCUUUCGAGGAGGGGGAGGCAGAAAUAGAUCAGUAGUGUGUGGUAAUUGCAUAAUCAUGGACAAGGAGCACCUCACUUUCCCCUGGGAACCUUUGUACCAUCUAAGUGUGUGUGAUAGCUAGUAUAAACUUGAUACCACCCCUGGGUGUAAAACAGCCAUGUCAACUGUAGCAGUCUAGAGCCAGAUGAAAAGGAAAGGUUGGGCAUUCUGAUCCGUGAGAUACCUCUUCACAGCUCCUUUGGCUCACAGUUCCUCUCCUCCAGGCCCAGGUCAUUUUAUUAGAUUCCAUCUUUAGUCCUGUGGUUCAAGCCUGCCCCUGUGUCUUCUGAUCUCAAAGUUCACACAGGACUAAUGUUUUUUAAAUGUGGGUCUAUAAAAGAAUUAGUUGAAAGUAUCAUCUUUUAAACUGAUCAGCCUUUUUCUGUUCCUUCCAUAAACUUUUUGUAUUGUUGGUCUAACGAGACACUUUUUUUAAAAAAAAUUUCUUCCAUAGCACUUAAGACUUUUGUAAAGACUUUGCUGUAAAGGCUUUGUGAUAAAAUGAUCUAAGGGCUCUUUUCAACAUUACCAUUUGAAAAACUGUUUUUAAAGCUAGAAAACAACUUAUGUAUAUUCUGUAUAUGUAUAGCAACACAUUUCAUUUAUGGAAAUAUGUUCUCAGAAUAUUUAUUUACUAAUAUAUUUAUCUUAAGCCAUGUCUUAUGUUGAGAGUGUGAUAUUGUUGAAAUAAUCAUUGAAAAUGACUAACAAGACCCUGUAAAUACAUGAUAAUUGCACACAGAUUUUACAUAUUUGCAGACCAAAAAUGAUUUAAAGCAAGUUGUAGUCUUCUAUGGUUUUGUAACAAAUUGUACAAAUGACUGUAAAAAAAUACAA